AUGGUUGCCAACAGUGAUACAAUUACCGCCACUACCGACAAGAUUGUUAACAAGUCUGCUCCUCUAAAGCCAGCCAGCUCGCUGCCAAUUGUCAAUAUUGAUGAUCCCCAAUACCCUCGUUAUCAAGACGACGUCAAAUACCCUCCAAUCGAAGAGUUUGAGCACGUUGAUCGUGGUCAUAACGCUGAUCCUAAGAAGGCUGCUCUCCUUGGCGCUGCAAGCGAAAUAAUUGAGUUGACUCCACAUAUUGGUACCGAGAUUCACGGUAUACAGUUGAACAAACUUACAGAUCAACAAAAGGACGAAUUGGCGUUGCUUGUGGCUGAACGUGGAGUUGUCUUCUUCAGAGACCAGGAUAUUAACAUUCAUGAGCAGAUUGAACUUGGCCGUUACUAUGGACCUCUUCAUAUCCAUCCUACAUCUGGUCAACCCAAGGAUAUUCCUGAAGCACACGUCGUGCUCUUGGAUGGAGAGAAGACCAAGAGACAAGAGUAUAUUGUUGGAAGAAGCAAUUCUGAUUUGUGGCAUACUGAUGUCUCCUACGAGCGCCAACCCCCAGGCUUAACUACUCUCAAAAUCGAUACCCUUCCACCCGUUGGUGGAGACACUUUGUGGGCUUCUAGUUACCUUGCUUAUGAGAAGCUAUCACCUGCCAUUCAACAAUUGUUGGAAGGAUUGGAGGCUGUCCAUAGCGCCAAGGAACAAGCUGAUGCCUCUGCUCGAUUUGGUGGUCCAGUUCGACGUGAGCCAGUUGAGCAUACCCAUCCCAUUAUCCGUACCCAUCCCGUUACCAAGCGAAAGGCCCUCUACGUGAACCCUGUCUUUACUCGUCGUAUUGUUGGUUUGAGUCAUCGCGAGUCUGAUACCCUCCUCAGACUCUUGUAUGAUCAUGUCGCUGGAGGAUACGAUUUCACAGUGCGUUUCAAGUGGCAAAAGAACAGCGUCGCAGUUUGGGAUAACCGUGUUACGGUCCACAAUGCCAUCUUUGAUUAUCUUACAAUUGGUCGACGCCAUGGAUUGCGUGUCACUCCUCAGGCAGAGAAGCCAUACCUUGAGAAGUCAGAAUAA